AUGUACUGGACCAACGAAGCCAACGCCAAACUCUUGGUCGGUGUAUUGGAGCAGAUGCGUGGGAAUCUCAAGCUAGAUUACGAACGACUUGCCACCCACAUGGGCAGCGACUGUACUGCCUGUGCGAUUGAACAGCAGAUAACAAAGCUCAAGCGUCAGGCGAACAACUCCAGUCCCACCAAGAGCACUGCUGGCAGCUCGGGUGACAAGUCGACCUCAACUACUACUCCGUCUAGUACCCCCCAGAAGCGACAGCCUGAUAUCGCUUGCAUGUAUUUUAAGCGUCCGGCUAAGAAGACCAAGUUGGAUGAUAAGGAUGCACCCGUCUCUCCUUCUAAAUUGGUAACUGUGAAGCGGGAUAUCGAACCGGAUGUCGUCUUUGUUAAGACAGAGACUAAGUCUAUGGUCAUGGAAAAAAUCAAGGAGGAAAGAUCGUGA